AGUAAAUGUCAAUGGGAAUUGAAAAUAGUUGUAAAACUUUGAAAAUCUUUUAGAGUAUUUUAAUGCUUACUGGUAUUUUUUAGCUAGGGUUAUAGAGUAUUGGCUCUUAAAAUGUACCAGAGACUUAAAAGAUGAUGAAAAGAGUGAGUUUUGGUCACCUGAAAGCAACUUUUUCAAGACCACCUAAGCAUCAAGGUGGCUGUCUUCAUGCAAAUGGCGACACACUCGAUAAUAAGGACGCUGAAAAAAGGACUAGCUUUGAAGUAGAUCGUGAACAACAAGCUAGCUGUACUCUUCCAAAAUGCAGCAGUGAGAACUGUUUGUCGAUAAAUAGAAAAAAAGGUAACAAGAAUAUCUUGACAGCAUUACGUUGCAAAUGGCGUAAGACCCGUACACGGAAAAAACGUCAUGAAAAUCGUCACACUCACAGUCUGUUGUGUGAUUCUAGAACAAAUACUCAUAACCACACUUCACAUUCUGAGACCCCUGAAAUAGGACUUGAAGUUGUUAGCUUUAAAACUCAAAAACUUUGGUCAAAACAAUCAAAAUCAGUAACUAGAAGUGCAGUGUGUCCAAUGCCAUCUCCUAUUCGCUGUGUUCGCCGCGAAUCAAGUAGUGUGCAUGAGUAUGAGAAUGAAGAAGGAAGUGACCAGACAACAUCGGCCCCAGGUACAAAUAAAGCUUCAACACAAGUAGGUAUUGGCUUAAAAUGUUCAGAACCUGAAGAAGAUAUUGAGGUUACAGUUGAAGGUCUGUGUACUCAUUGUACAUCAUGUAGUUAUGAAAGAGGAUCUGAAACUGUCUUAAAGUUUUGUGAUACUGGUAGUUCAGUAACAUUUUGUUGUAAAAAAUUAAUCACAGAUGAUUUGUCUAGAAAUGUGAAAAGAAAAAUGUAUAAUAGUUAUUCUACUAAUAGGAAUAGUGCUAUACUAGAGAAAUGUGUUUCAGAAGAUGUAACAGACAAAAGUGUUCCAGAUAGUAAGUUAUAUUCUUCUCCCAAUACAUCUAGUCACUCAGUACAAGAAAACAUAAAGUCAUUGGGUAACACCACUGGUGCUGAGGAACAAGAUUUAAAGUGUAAUACUCUAGUGCAAAGAAGUGAAAAUGAAUGGAACAUUUCAAAGUCACUUGAAAUCCCUCCAAAUAUUUCUAGUUUAGCCUUGGACGUGCCUUCGUCAUCUAGUGAUUUCCAGAGUAAACUAACAACCUUUAAUGCUUGUGCUGAUGUACCUGAUAGUUCUAAGACUGUAAGCAUUACAGAAGAGUUGUUUAAGCUGUCCAAAUGUGGAUGGUAUUGGGGCCCAAUUACUCGUAGUGAAGCUGAAGAAAAGCUCUCUGAUCAGUCAGAUGGGGCUUUCUUGGUGCGGGACAGCUCAGAUGAUCGUUACCUCCUUAGUCUUAGUUUCCGAUCAUAUGGGCGGACUCUUCAUACGCGUAUUGAGCAUUGUAAUGGUUUGUUUAGUUUUUAUGCUCAACCAGAACCAGAGGGUCACUCAUCAAUUGUAGACUUGAUUGAACAGUCCAUGAACUAUUCUCAGUCUGGAGUGUUUUGUUAUUCUCGUAGUCGAUAUCAUGGAUCACCUUCCUUUCCUGUGCGUUUGACAAAACCUGUAUCUAGGUUUACUCAAGUACGUACUUUGCAGUACUUAUGUCGCUUUGUGAUUCGUCAGUAUACCAGAUUUGACCACAUUCAACAUCUUCCACUACCAGCUUGCAUCAAAGGUUAUCUGGAAGAAGGUCACUAUUAAAAAAAAAGAAAAUUGGUAAUAUUUUUCCAAUUCCGAAAGUAAUUUAGCAGGACAAAAGUUUUUCAAUUACUACUAUUGACUAUUCAGAGUUGUAAAGAAAAUAGUUUUUUGAUCAAAUAUGAGCUCAAUUAGGUUUAAAUAUUUAAAAUGCAUUUAUUGUACAUGUUUCAUGGAGCUUUGAACAGCUAUGAAAAAAAAGACUGAGUAUAAAUGUAAAUAUGUUUUUUAAGUAAUAGUCUCUUGUUUUUUAUAUUAAUUUUUUAUAUAGUGUUGAAGCUUGAAUACACAAAUAUUACAGGUGGUAUAAGACAGUAUAAAGGGCAAUUAUCAUGUAGAAUCUAGAACAUGACAAGCUCAGCAAAAUAUUUAAAAACGUAUAUUUGGAGAAAUUGCUUUAGUUGAUUUAGAAACUUUAUGAUAAUAUUUUCUCAAAUUUAUUUGCUAGAGAGGUGGUAUUAUCAAUGGUUUUUUAUUGCAAUAUAAAAGCUAUUAAUCUAACAACCUGUAGGCAUCAUAUACAUCUUAAUAAAAAGUAAAAAUGAUAAAUGUUUAAGUAUUGAUGAAAACUUUUUCUCGCAUUGCUUUGUUAUUUUAGUUGUGUAUACAGGUAUAAAACAUAUUGGUUUCAUCUCAUUUAAAAUUAGAUGUUUAGUUUUAAGAUAGAGUACAUUUAGUAUACUUUUGUUAUGAAACAAUAUUAAUGGUAUAUUUUAACUUUUUCCAUAUGGGCCCGUAAAAGCUUGGCCAUUUUGACCAAUCUUACUAUCACCAUGUAACUGUGAAACUAUGUAUACUAUAAUGAAUACACUGUGUUUAUUUUCAUGAAAUUUGGCAAGCUUUUGAUAAAUAUUGCAAUUGUGUUCUCUACAAAAAUCAAAUUUUGUGAUAAAUAUUUUCACAAAGUAUUUGAAUUUCUGAAGUACUGAUGCAGUCUGAUUGACAGGUUGGAUUUUCAGACUAAGAAUAAUGAUACUUCUUUUUAUCUUACAGUUUUCACAUUUCGUUUGCAUAACCUCUAGAACCUCUUAAUGAUUUUCAAAAGCUUUAUUUGCAAACAUAUAUUUUAUCUCUUAUUUUCUCUGCCAUACUACUAACUGCGGUACAUCUGCUGUUAUGUUAAACUUAUAUCAAAGUUUUUCUUCAUUACCCAUUCAAGCCGCCUCAAACCAUUAUUAGUCUCAAAGUGGGUUCCUCGUCAUUGAAUUUUAACUGCAGCUAAAUCAUCAGUGUGCAAUGAAUAUAAAUGAAAUUAAAAACUAUGAAAUGAAAUAAAUUAUACCUUUUUUCUUCUACUUUAUAUGCAUCAUUUGUCACUACAUUUUCAGUUAAUGAUAUUCACAAUUUGAACUGUUAACUUUUUGAGAUAUAUAUAUUUGCUUUGAAUAUUGUAGUCUUAUUACCUGGCUUGUACCACAUGAGCAAUUUCUUCAUUCAUUAAAAGCAUUAACUCCCAUUUUAACAGAUUCUUCAUGUAUAGAUAUUACUGUGCAGUUAAAUAGUCCUAUAUUAUUUUUCUCUAAAUUCUUUGCCCAAACAAAAAUUCAUGUAUCUUUCAAAUGUUUCACAAGAAUAGAAUGUCCCAAAACUACUGUAAUUUAACUGGUUUUCAACUGAGUUACAUAUAGGGGAAAAAAUUUCUAUUACUGGUAUGAGUAACAACUUUGCUUAUACAUUCAUCAGUGACUCCCUUUCAACUGAUAUUUAUUGCCACCAAAUUUAAAAAAGACAGUUUCAAGCUUGAAAAAAACAUUAUAUUGCUUUUUAAAUGUUUUCAUCAAAUAAGAAUACAGGUUUUUGUAAAACUGUCCUUGAAAGUUAAGGUGGACAGGUCUUCUGUUGUGGGAUGGUAUUUUUUUUUUUUUUUAUUAGAAUAACCUUUUGAAUAAAAUUUUGAACGCAACUGUGAAACUUUAUGAGAUGCACACUUGUCAAAUUGACCAAGGUGAUAUGGAACCUGUAUGGAGAAGGUUAAUUGCUAAUUGUCAAAACAUUUCUAUGUAUCUAUAACUAAUGUCAAUGUAUAAUUGCCCCAUUCUGUUCAGUAUGCAAGAAGAUAAAUGCUCUUAUUUUUUUCUGUUAUAGCCUACCUGUGAUACUUGUCCUGCAUUUCUUUCCAUUUGAUGUUAGAAUGACUUAUUAAUGUUACCAUACUCCACUUAUGCAAAUUUAUUUUAUUAUUAGUUUGAUACUUGUAUACUAUUACUACACUACAUUAGUUUUUAGUUUAUCAGCUCAUAGCAAGAAUAGUUUUAGUCACUUGCCAUUUUGAAGGUAAUUUUUAAUGACUACAUGAUAGGAAGGUUAUUCUAAUUAUCAGUAUGUUGUGGCUGAUUGUACUUUUGUGUGAUAUUCAUUAUCUGUACUUGUACAUCCUAUGAGAUAUUUCAGGUAUCAAUAUAUUAAAGAUUAUUUCAAAUACUAAAAUGUAAGUUCACUGGAAAUAUGUAGAAUAUGUACUUUCAAUACUUAAGAUUUUCAACUAUAGGGAGUUAUGGACUUAAAAAAUUAGUAUCUCUGUUUAAUAAUCUUUGGUGCUGCUUUAACUCUAAAUGUAAGGAUCAAAUGCUUUAGAAAUAUCAGUUACUGUGACAGUGUUGGGAAACUUUUGGAGAUCAUUUUUAUUUUUUAAAUUGGUUCAUUAGUAGUGUAAUAUAAACAUUUGCUUGAAGUAAGAUGACUUAAAGCUGAAGUCAGUAAACAGCAUAAAUGCAAAGAAACAUUCAGUUGUCUUCAUUCUGAAUAGAUAAUUCAGUGUACAUGAAAAAUAAGGAAAUAAAAAAAAUUUGCUAUAAAGUUAUUACUUAAAAAAAUAUUUUAUAAAGAUCAUGCAUGUACCAGUAACCAUGAUGAUGAACCCUUUUGAUAAACCCUUGUUACACCAUUUGCUUGUUAUGUUAGACAUUUUUCAUACAUAAUGACAUUUAGGUUUUAGAAUAUUAGAAUGUACAUGUUAUGUAUGCAUACAAGCAAGAUAUUACAUGCUUUGAAAGUGAGGCACAUUGAAUAUCUGAGUUUUAAGUGACUUUAUGAACAUGCUAUGCAUAGACUUCAGUAGGUUAUGAAGUCUGUUUAAACAUAUUUAAAUUUUGCAUUGUAAAGGCUUAUGGAAACAUCAGUUUUUUCUGAAAUUGAAAGGUUUUAGAAUUUAUAUUAAAAAUGCAAUACAGAAAUAUCCAUAUGAUUAGGCUGUGUUCACUACAUAUGAAUUUAUAAAGAAGUUAUUACUAAUCCAAAAUAUAUAUAUAAUUUUUGAACAAGUAAAAUUAUUUAAAUGGAGAUAUUCAGUGUUUAGGAUACAGACUGGUAACUGAUAAACUAGUGUCAUAUGAAAGUUCUUAAGCCCAAAGUCUUAUGGAAACCAUUUUGAAAUAAUUUGUUCAUGGAUGUAUAGAUCUUUUAAGAAUUUUAGCAUAUAAAUUAUAAUUUUGUAUAAAAAUUCUUAGUGUGUAUAUAACUGACUCUGUCUAUGAGAAUUAUCACAAACAAGUUGUAAGUCUUGUAGUUCAUCUUGAAAUCUUUUUGUGCAUGUUUAUGGAUAAUUUAGCACACACACAAAAAAAAAUAUUCAAGCAAAUUUUAGCAAAUACAAAAUAAGUCUGAUUUGUGUUAUGUGCAAGUGUACAAAUUAAUAAUUCAGGGUAACAUAAGAUCUCUUCAUAUAUAUACACUCCCAAAAUUUAUAAAAAUUAACUUGUUUGUUUUCCAUUUACAAAGAAGACUUGUGUAGUUUUAAAAUUAUAAAAGUUUCAUGAACAUGCCACAUCUAGCAUCACAUUUUCCUACAAGAUAGCUUGAGAGGCCCUAUUUACAUAACUUUUUAGAAUAAUUUAUCCUAUGAAUAGCUGUUUGAAAUAUUUUUUUACUUAUUCAACAGAGUUCUAAUGGUUUAUUUUGAUUAUAGAUUGACAAAGUUUAGAGAUUUCUAUACAUAAACAGUGCAAAUUAUAACUGGAAAUUUUUCAGAGAAAUUAAUACAAAUUUUAUAUCUGUCAAAUAACCUU